GUAGUAUAUCAUAUCCAAGCACUAUAUUUUAAGAAUUAUCAUAUCUGGCAUUUUCUGUUAUACUUAAAUGAGCAACAUAUAACUUGCAAGGCAUGAUGAGCUCAGAACCACAAAACAAGAUUGCAGUGAACGCUGAUUUCAUCGAGUUUUCAGUUUGUUUCUUGCAAGGCAUGACAAGCUUCCCUUCUCUCUCUAGUUUUACUUCCAUGGUUCAUCUCUGCCCUAACUAUAUAGAGAUUCCUUUUCAACAAGCCUAUGCUGCAGAACAGAAGUGAUUAGAUCAGAUCAGAACAGAAUACACAAAGCCAAGUGAAGAAAAAAGGCCUUAUCUGUGAUGGGGAUCAAAUUCGGACUUGGUGAUUCUAAGGAACAUGAUGAAGAGAAACUCCCACUUCUGCUAAACAUGGUGGUGCCGGAAGCCGAGAGGAACCUGAUUCAGAAAGCCAUGAACCAGACAUUCCAGAGCUCGGCUCAUUUAGCCAAUCUAUUGCCUACCGGUUCGGUCCUUGCUUUCCAGCUUCUGUCACCAAUCUUCACAAAUCUUGGAACCUGUGACUCUGUGAGCCGGUUCAUGACUGCAGGACUUGUAGCUCUCUGUGGAGCCUCAUGCUUCCUGCUAUGCUUCACUGAUAGCUUCAGAGACAACAAGGGGAACAUAUGUUACGGCUUUGCCACCUUCAGUGGCUUGUGGGUCAUUGAUGGAUUUACGACACUUCCACCUGAACUUGCGGCAAAAUAUCGCCUAAGGUUUAUAGAUUUCAUGCAUGCAGUAAUGUCUGUACUAGUAUUUGCUGCAAUUGCAAUGUUUGAUCAGAAUGUGGUUAACUGCUUCUUUCCGGAGCCAUCAAAUCAAACACAAGAGGUCCUCACGGCAUUGCCUGUGGGCAUCGGCGUUAUUUGCAGCAUGUUGUUUGUUGUAUUUCCUACAAAGAGACAUGGAAUUGGCUUUCCCCUUUCCACAAAUUAACAGUUUGGAGUUCCUUUUUGAAUCUUUGUAUGUUGCCUUUUGGAGCCACUUUCAGGAAUUUGACAGGUUAUUAAGCUCACAUCCACAAAGCUAUUUUUAUGGAUUUGUAUGUUGGAGUAAAUUAUACAAUAGUCAGAAGACUUGUACAGUAUAGAAUGCAUUAGAAGGUAUAGAAUAUACAA